UUAGAAGAGUACCACAAAUUUAAAAGAUGAAAUAUUUCGUAAUAGCUCUAGCUCUUACGCUGGCACGUGCAUAUGCAUCUGAAGAGAAUGUAGUGAUUAAAAGAAUCGAGGGAGGCGUGAGUGGCGUGGGUACCACCACCAGAUACUGGGAUUGCUGCAAACCCACCUGCUCCUGGCCAGGAAACGUAGAAUACAAAAAACCUGUAAAAGCUUGCAAAGCCGACGGUGUAACAGCCAACGAUCCAGAAAACCAGUCAGGAUGCGUCGGAGGACAAUCCUACGUGUGCACCAACCAGGCCGGUUACGCCAAGAACUCCACUCUAGCUUACGGAUUUGUGGCCGCUCGUUUCCACGACACUACUAGAAACAUGUGUUGCUCUUGCGUCCUUUUCACGUUCCACACCCAAUGGCCUUCCAAACUAAACGGUACGCAGAUGUUGGUGCAAGUAACCAAUACUGGAAACGCUCCGGAAUCAAAAACUAACUUGUUCGACAUCGCCAUGCCUGGAAGUGGAGUGGGCUAUUACACGCAAGGUUGCACGUCCCAAUGGAACACCGACGUGUCCGAUUGGGGCGACCAAUACGGCGGAGUACACGAGGAGAAAGAUUGCUACAAGCUUCCGAAGAAGUUGUGGAACGGGUGCUUGUUCAGGUUCCAAUGGAUGUACGGUUACUCCAAUCCUGAUGUGUCGUUCUACGAAGUAGAAUGCCCGAAGGAGUUGAUAGAUAAAAGCGGUUGUACACCCGUAUCGCAUUAAUUGUAGUUCCAAUAAAUGAAUUAACUAUACUUUUACUAUAAUUCUUGCUCACUUUGUUAUAUUUUUUAUGUAUUUUUGGCAACCAGUUGCAUACGUACUUGACGGGUGACUAUUUAAUACAUAGUAUUUUAUAGAUUAUUUAACAACUCUGAGAAUUAUGCUUAAAAUUCUAAGUAGGUUUCUACCUACUGCUUGUAGAUAGUAUUUA